AUGGCGACCGGACCUAAUCUAGAGAGCUCCGUUAUUGUUGAUGAUUACUUCUCGACCCCACCGAUUUCGCUCGAUACAAAUAUACUAUCAACAUCAACACCAUCUAAGAAACUCAAUCUUACUUGCCAAGGCAAAGAAUUUAUCUGGAACGACAGUCUAGAAGGCUUGAAAAAGUUUGUGUAUAGUGACCUAGACCUUCGAGGCAAAUGGACGUCUCCUGGCGGCGAGGUAAAACUAUUCAAAAGUGAUGGCUACUCGAUAAAGUGGUACGGAAAAAGUAAAAAGCUACUAAUUAUCCAAGAAGAUGAGAAACAGAGCCUAAGCGAGAAGAUGAAAGAGUUAGCUGUUAAGAGUCCCGCCCAAAUUCAAGGCGAUAAGCAAUAUACUCAAGACAAAGCUUUAAGCGUUAUGGAGAUUGACCAUGAAGCUAUUGAAUAUCAAGCUCCGCGUGUGGGCCAUAAGCAUACGGGAUGUGGUACACAACAGCAAGAAAAAUCAGAUUCUGGAAAAUCAUGUCAUGAUUUUACGGCAAAAUCGCAAUGUCGUUUUCUCAAAAGUCGGACUGAAUUAAAAGAUGAUAAUCAUUCAUGUGAUGAUACAUGUCGGACAGAAAAUAAUCGUGUAGGGGAAGAUCUUGCAAAAGCCUACAAUACAAUAAAAGAACUUCAGGCAAAAAUUAAAAAACUUGAGAAUGAGAAAUCUAGCUUAACGACAGUGAUUAGAAUACUUCAAGAAGAUAAUGCCCAAGGCACAAAUCAAGACAAGACAACACUGUUAAUGACUCGUGGAUUAAAGCGAAGAAACGUAAACCCCGUAAGAACACUCAAAUUAACAAAAGUAAAUCGAACGCAGACUAAAGCUAAUGUUGAUAAGGAAGUCCUUACAGCACCAGAAGAAACCAAAGAUGAAGGUACAGUGAAUCGGGAGUUAAACAGUAAGGGAAAUAACACCAAAGAAUCUAGCAAAAUAAUAAUUGCGGGGGAUUCAAUGGUUAAGCAUUUAAAUGGUUUUAGAAUGUCAAAGGGAUACUAAAGUCAAGUAUCAACAUUCCCCGGCUGUACCACCUUUGACAUGCAUGAUCACAUUAAACCAAUAUUACGAAAGAAACCCGACAAGCUAAUCUUACAUGUUGGGACCAAUAGUCUGAAAGGACGCGUGAGUUCGACUGUCUGCGCUGAAGAAAUAAUCUCAUUAGCUGAAUCAAUUGAGCGCUCAAAUACCGUAACGGAGUUUGCUAUAUCUAGCUUAGUUACCCGUAACGAUGAUAAGGCUUUAACAAACAAAGUUGAUCAGAUCAAUGCAGUGCUCAAACAGUCUUGCCAGCAGAAACAAUGGAAGUUUAUUGACCAUAAUAACAUAACAUUUGAACAUCUCAAUCAAAGUAAGAUUCAUUUGAAUAAAGUCGGAACCAGUCUGAUGGCAUGUAAUUUUAGUAAACAUAUUUAUAAUAGAAAGGAUUAGGAUAAUGCCAUGUGGGAGUCAUUAGGUAAUACUAAUGAUAUGAUAAGUGUGAAUAAUACAUCGUCUGUCAUUAAUGAGGAAAAUAAUGACGACUUAAAUAGUCCAUAUAAUAUUCAUAGGAUACCAUCUCAUCGUGGCCUAGUUAUGGCUAGUUUAAAUAUGAAUAGUCUAUUAGCACAUAUUGACGAAUUAAGAAUAUUUAUGAAUAGUACAAAAAUAGACAUAUUAUGCAUUAACGAAACUAAGUACAACUCUACAGUUGGGGAUCACGAGGUAGAUCUACCGGGUUAUGAAAUUGUCAGGAGAGACCGAGAAGUGAAUGGUCGUUAUGGCGGAGGAAUUUGUAUAUAUAUCCGGUCAAAUUUAAAUUAUCA